CUCUCCCUCUCUCUGCAUAAACGGCUAAUUGAAGUUUGAUAGAAAGAAGAACAUCAUCAUCAUCAAUGGAAACCCCAAUUUCAUCAAGAAGAAUCACAAGAUCGCAGACCAAGGCCGCUGCUUCAAACAACGGUAUUACUGUGACUACUUCAGAUCCUGUUAAGGGUUUAAUGGAAUCAAGACAGAGAGGAUUGAACCAGUCCGCCCUAUUCGACAUAACCAACGAUUCCCCUGUUUUUGGUCUUGCUAUUGGGGAAAUGUCUAAAAGGAGGAGCGGUUACCUAUACAAUAACAACAGAGAAAUUACAACUCCGGGAUCCGGAGAGGCACUAUUAAGGGAUCAAGUCAAGAAGAUCCUUUUGCAAAAGGUUGAAGAAGAAUCGGAGCUAUCAAAGAUUUCGAUGAAUGAGAUUGUGAUGGAGAAAGGAGGGGAUGGGUUUGGACCCAAAAAGGAAUUGAUGAUUACCAGAUCAUUGUUGCCGGAAUUCUUGGAUGAAUCGGCAGAAGACAAAGGGGUAGAGAACAAAGAAGAAGAAGAAGAAGAAAAAGAUGGUUAUGAUGAUGAUUCAGUGAUGGUCAAUGAACUGUGCGAUUAUUUUAUUAAGAGAAUGAACAUGAACGGAGGAGGAGAAAAGACCGGAAAACACACUAGAUUCGUUUACAACAGCGACGAUGAGAUCCAAGGGGAAGAAGAUGAAGAAGAAGAGUGUAAAUUGCGUCUGAAGGGCAUUCCUACUCCUAAGGGUAAGCAUGUUCGAUUCCCUGAAGAGGAGGAAUGACUGAAAGAAGAAGAAGAGAGAAAGAAUUUGUCAGAACUCAUGACACAGUAGAAUUCUGGGAUCGGAUGUCGGAAUUUUGUCCUGUUUUGCAUAUUGUGGUUUGUAGAAGAAGAAGAAGAAAAAGAAAGAAUCCAUUUUUAUGGAGUAUGAUUAAUAUUGUUAAUUUGGAAUUAAUGAAUGAAUGAAGAAAGAAACACCUGAUUGUUUGAAAA